ACAAAAAUGGUAGCAAUGGCCUUACGCGAGCGUCACGUUACUUCCCUGCGCAUGCUCACAGUCGUCCGCGAGAGUUCCUCGAUGCCUGAGACGCGGCCUGGGCGGGGCCUGCCGAGGACGAUGGCGGCUCCUGCAGCAACAUUCAGGCGAGCGUGGAGCCGUGUGGGGGUCGCCGGGGUGAUCCCCCUUGCUGGGAGCACCCAGAGACAGAUCCACAGAACAUCCGUUCCGUUCACGUGGCUACGAGUUAAAGCUCCUUUCGCCCCUCAUCCACAUCCUAAAAAUGGCCACCGCAUUCUCUUGUUGAGACCAGCAAACAGGUGUCAAAGCACAACGGCCGUUGCUGGCACACAGAUCAUUCACCCUGCGGCCUCCCCACCUAUAGAGAAUGCUCUCCCCGCAGGGGACCUUGGCCAGGCUGUCCAGGAGCUGACCUUUGCUGAGCUGGGCCUGGGCUCUCACACCCCAGUGGGUUUGAUCCAGACCUUAUUGGAGUGUCUCCACUUGGAUGCUGGGCUGCCCUGGUGGGGAGCCAUUGUAGCAGGGACGGUGGUGGCCCGUUGUGUGGUUUUCCCGCUCAUUGUGAAGGGCCAGCGGGAGGCAGUGAAAAUCAACAACCACCUGCCACAGAUUACUGCCCUGACCGGCCGUAUGAACGAGGCCAAGCGCACGGGGAACAAAUUUGAGUUUGCCAAAGCUUACUCGGAUCUGACCCUCUACCAGAAAACCCAUGACGUCAACCCACUGCGAGGCUUCCUUGUGCCCCUUGUCCAAGCACCCAUUUUCAUCUCUUUCUUCAUUGCCCUGCGCAAAAUGGCUGAGCUCCCUGUGCCGAGCCUGCAAACUGGGGGGCUCUGGUGGUUCACGGAUCUCACGGCCGCUGAUCCUUACUUUGUCUUGCCCCUGACAGUGACUGUCACUAUGUGGGCCAUCUUGGAGCUGGGUGCAGAAUCGGGGGUGUCAAACCCAAAUCUCCGGGUUAUGAAAACGGUUUUCCGGGUGAUGCCACUUUUUAUCCUGCCUAUCACGAUCUCCUUCCCAACGGCCAUCUUCACCUACUGGCUGACAUCCAACCUCUUCUCACUGGUGCAGGUGGCCGUGCUACGGCUGCCCGCGGUUCGCACCCGCCUUCGCAUCCCUCAGCGGGUGGAACACAGCCCUGCUGCUCUGCCGCCUCAGGAAGGCUUUAUAAAGAGCCUCAAGAAAGGCUGGAAGAAUGUACAGAUGGCUCAGCAGCUGGAAGACCGGGAGCGACGCAUCAAGAACCACCUGGAUCUAGCAGCGAAGGGGCCGCUGCGCCAGACCUUUUCCCACAAUCCUUUGGAUCAGCACCAGCCUCCUCCUGUGAAGCCGCCACCGAAGAAAAGACCUUGGGAGGACACGCUAGGCUGAGCGGUAAACACCCAGCGCCACCAUUGCAAAAGACUUGGCACGGGGGACAGAGCCUUAUCGCCCCCACUGUUGCUCCUGUUUUCUGACCUUUGGUAAUAAAGGAUGCGGAACUUC